UGCAGCCACUGCCCGCCCCGCCGCCGCCCGCCGCCCGCCGCCCGCGAUGGCCAUGCCCGCGGCCCCCGCCGCCGCCGCGCCGCUCCUGCUCCUGCUGGCCGCCCUGCUCGGCGAGGCGGCCGCCGAGGAGCCCCACCUGUGGCAGUGCGCGCCCUGCUCCGCCGAGAAGCUGGCGGCCUGCCCGCCGGUGCCCGCGUCCUGCCGGGAGCAAGCCCGGCCCUACGGCUGCGGCUGCUGCACCAUGUGCUCCCGGCGCCGGGGCGAGGCCUGCGGCAUGACCUCUGCGCGCUGCGAGAGCGGCCUCACCUGCCAGCCGCGCCCCGGCGAGACCCGGCCGCUGCUGGCGCUGUCCCGGGGCCGGGGCAUCUGCAUGCCCGAGUCCGUGGUCACCGAGCCCAGCGCCGAGGCCGCAGAAGCCGAGGAGGCGAACCCGGAGGGCCUGCCCUCGGUGUGGAGCGCGCUCAGCAGCUACGAGAGCAUCCGGGCGCUCGGGAUCUCCGACAUCAAGAACUGGAAGGACCCCUGCCAGCGAGAACUCUACGACGUUCUGGCCAAGCUGGCCCAGGAGCGGACGAAGGUGGGCGACGGCCUCUACAAGUUCUACCUGCCCAACUGCCACAGGAACGGGCUGUACCACUCCAAGCAGUGCAUGGUGUCCCUGCAUGGAGAGACAGGGGCCUGCUGGUGCGUGUACCCCUGGAACGGGCAGAGGAUCGCGGGGUCCAAGGAGGUCAUCGGCGACCCCAACUGCGAUCAGUAUUUCCCGAAAGCAGACGCAGCCUGACCGGCUCCUUCAGUGAAACGGUUAAGCCCCGACACACUAGCCCCGUGAGAGGGGUGAGGGGCGCUGAAUACUCCACCGCUAUUGCUUCUGAAGCUGUAGUCUAUUUAUUCACCGAGUUUAUUUUUCUACACAAGAACCUGUGCUCUGGUAACUUAUAUACCGCCGGGAACCAUCCCGCCGGGACCAACCCCCCGGGAAAUGCAGUCACCCGGGAGCCUUUCUCCCUGGGACACGCAGGGCGCUCCGGGCGCCAGGGGUGCGUGUGCAGGAGCUGAGGGGGAGGUGAGGGCUGGAGACGGUCGCCAGGCGGCCAGUGGCUGCAGGAAGCCGGGUGUGGGAUGCAUUGUCACUCAGGCUCGCACGAUGUAAACAAAUAAACAGCCUACUCAGCA